GCCGCAAAUUCCGGAUUCACAAGGCAUAAAAGCGCCAAAAUGUAGUGUCAUCGAGAACAUUAAAUCUCCAGUUACAGCAAUCUAUUGCUUCACAUCUACGAAAUGGCCACUCUCAGCAAACUGCCGACUCGCCCCCUGGGCAAAAACGGCCCUCUUCUUCCGCGCAUCGGCCUCGGGCUCAUGGGAGCCAGCGGUACAUACGGUCAGGGCCUUCCCGAAGCCGAACAUCUGGCCUUCCUGGACGAGGCAUACAAAAGAGGCGAGACUUUUUGGGACACCGCGGACAAAUACGAUGGAUCCGAAAGCGUGCUCGGCAAAUGGUUCGCCCAGAAUCCGGACAAGCGGGAUGAUGUCUUCCUGGCCACCAAGUUUGGCAUCCGUACCAACCCUGAUGCCAAAGACGGCCGGAAAAACUGGAUGGACUCGAGCCCGGAAUACUGCCGCGCGGCAUUGGACCAAUCAUUGAAGCGCCUGGGACUGCCAUAUGUGGACUUGUACUAUGUCCACCGUUUGGACAAGGUCACGCCGAUUGAAAAGACGAUGGAGGCCAUGGUCGCCCUCAAGCAGGAGGGCAAGAUCAAGUACCUCGGAUUGAGUGAGUGCAGUGCGGAGUCACUGCGCCGGGCGCAUGCAGUGCACCCAAUUACAUGCGUGCAGGUGGAAUACAGCGUGUUCUGCUUGGAAAUCGAGUCCCCGCGGUUCCAGUUGCUGCAGACUGCACGCGAGCUGGGGGUUGCCAUCGUGGCGUACAGUCCGCUUGGAAAUGGAAUCCUCAGCGGAGCGAUCCGGUCGCGGGAGGAUGUGAGUAAGCCAGGGGAUGUCCGAGGCGUGCUGCCCUGGCUGAGAGAGGGGAACAUCGAGAAGAACGUGGCAGUUGUGGACCAAAUCGCGGAGAUCGCUAAAGGAAAGGGGGCUACCACGGCACAACUGGCGCUUGCGUGGUUGUUCGCUCAAGGAGAUGAUAUCUUUGCCAUUCCCGGCACGAGCAAGAUCCAUCGCCUGGAGGAAAACCUGGCCAGCCUCAGUUUUCAGUUGACGGUGGAGGAGGAACAGUCGAUCCGUCGGUUGGCGCAGAGCGUUGCGGGUGGGCGCUUCCAGGCCUUGACGGGAUAUGACUUUGGCAACACUCCGCAAUUGUGA